GAGCUUCGUGUUCGUGUAGACUAAAAAAAGGAAAAGGAAAAAGAGCUCCCCUAAUCGAUCUCCAGAUUGAGAUCCCCUCUUGCUUUCGUGUUGGAGACGGAAACGAAGGCGCCUCCCUCUGAUCUGAUAUAUACUGGAGUAGAAUCGAUCGAGAGGAUCUAUCAGGCAUCAAGUGAAGAAGUCGAUGGCGGCGGCGAUGAGAUUCGGCGUCGGCCUCGGCGUCGGCGCUCUGCUCCGGCGAGCGCCCGUGGCGGCGGCAAGGGUGCGGCUGGCCCACACCAAGCCCUGCAGCCCGGAGGAGAUAAGGGACGCCGCGGCCCGUGUGGUGCAGAUCGACAAGGCCAAAGAGGAGCUGUUCGACAAGGUGCAUGGCCUGGUUACCACCUACGAUGUUCCGCGCAGGAUGAGUCGCAAGUACAUGCUUCUCAUGCAGCGCCUCUCCUCGCAAAUCAACCCUAGACCCCAAGACCCAAUCUGGCGUUUCUGUCGACGCCAUGAAAGACGCAAUACUUACUACAAGUAUCUGGGGGCAUGUACGUCUGGCCUUUUGACUGGAGUUGGCAUCGGCUUGCUCGUGUUUGCUCCACCAAAAAAGUCUGUUGCCGACUGGUGGGACAAAGUUACUAGUUGAAUCCACCUCUUCCACGGCAUAUUAGUUGACACUGCACUAGUAUCAAAAACGCUUUUAUAUUAAUGUUAUUAUAUUAUGGGACGAAGAGACUAGCUUGUCAUGAGGAUUGUAUUAGUCAUCAUACAUAUAGCUUAGCUACUAGUUUUAUCUUUUGGACAGUCUAUCCAUCUUACAUCGGCUUGUAAGCCUAUGUUUCUUGUUUGACUAUAAUCUACUCGUAUGGCCUUUGCCCGCUACCUAAGCUCUUUCAACACAUAUUCAUGCUGGCCGGCAUGAUCAUCAUCUUUCCUCCCUACCCAUUAUUUCCAAUGCUCGCUUCACUAUUUUUUGUUGCUGCUGUUGUUGAGCACGGUCGAUGAUGCUCUAAUCAUACGGCUACGGAACCGCAUAUAUAUUUUUUGGCCGUAGGAAUGUUGUUUCCUGCUAUGCUAGCUAGGUGUGCAACUCCCUUAC